AUGUCUGGUUCGGAGGAGACUGUGGCAGAUGUCCAUGCUGGUCCAUCUAUUGAAGUGGAUAAAACGUCAGAGUUGGUAGAUAUCAAAAACAAAAGAAAGAUUCUAAAAGAUCGAAUAACACGAGCUAUAAACCGUGUGAGAGAAUCUUUGAGAAAUAAUGAUACCAACAUUAGAAGAAUCAAAAGAGAACUGAGUGAAAUUAAACAGGAUUGUGAGACUGUGAUAACCUUAAAUAAUAGUCUUUACAAUUUAGUUCUUUCUUCUGAGACAAUUAAACUUGAUAAAUGGGAUGAUGAUUUACUUUCCACAAUAUUUGAUGUGGAGGAAGAGAUUGAAGAUUACAUUACUUCCCUAAAUAGACACAAUCAGAGCAUUCGUUCCCCAUCUCCUGUUGAUGUGCCAAGAAACCAAGAUUUGCUAGAAGCAAAUGAGAAUGACAAUUUGUUGAAUCCUACACCAUCACAUGUUCCUGUUAGUCCAUCCAUUGCUGAGAGUCCCCCUAGUAAUUUGUCAACUACAUCAGAGAUACAUGUACAACCUGAGUUAAACCACAUUACCCAUUCUACAGUAUCCAGAGAAACAUCUAGAAAUGCUACUUCAUCCUCACCUUCAAAUAAACCAUUUGACUCAUGGAUCGAUGAGCUGAAAGAAUACACUGGAACUGAUCUGUCUUUAGCUGCAGCUGGUGCAUCUGCUGGUGGAGCUGCUGGGAUAGCCAAAGCUGUCAACGAUAAGAAAGCUGAAGCCGCUGCAAACGCCGAAGCACGUAGACACAAUUUGGCAAUGGAAAGAGAAGCACGAGGAGGUUCGGGAGUAGGAGAUAUAUUAGGGACGGUUAAAGAAUUCGGACAAAGAUUUGGCGAAGAAACCAAGAAAACCGUUAAAGAGGGAUUGAGCAAAUUAAUAGAUAAAAUCGACACCGGAGAAAUGAAGUCGAUAAAUCACGGAAUGGACAGAGAUAAAUUCAAAAAGGAUUGUAAAGCACAAUGGAGAAACCCGGAUGAUCAUGGAUAUGUAUUCGUUAAUACUAGAAAACCCGCGGGUGAAAGAGUUAUGACAAACAUUUGUUAA